UCGUCCCCAAAUUCCGUCGAGCCCAAGCGCACUCGAACGUCGAACCUGAAUCUCCCCCGCCUCCUCAUCACGCGGGGCCUCUUGGCUCUUGCGGCUCCUGCACAAACGCCGCCGCGCGCCCACGCCUCCCGCUCGCUCGCCUUUCCGCCCCCCAUCAAUUUCAAACCGCGCCCCGUCGGCGUGAAUCAUCGGCGGCGGAGAUGGAGGUGGGCGACCUGCACAAGGUCUGGGAAGUCCGGGAACUCAAGAGAAAGCCCGACGCGGCCGCCGCCCGCGCGCUCCUCGACCGCAUCGCCAAGCAGGUCCAGCCCAUCAUGCGCCGCCGCAAGUGGCGCGUCAAGGUCCUCUCCGAGUUCUCGCCACGGAGCCCCAGGCUGCUGGGACUCAACGUCGGCAAGGGCAUCGAGGUCAAGCUGCGGCUGCGGCGCGACGGCCGCGACCUCGACUUCAUCCCCUACGAGGAGGUGCUCGACACCAUGCUCCACGAACUCUGCCACAACGAGCGCGGGCCCCACGACGCGCAGUUAUACAAGCUCUGGGACGAACUCCGCAAGGAAUGUGAAGAACUUGUUUCAAAGGGUAUCACUGGAACAGGACAAGGGUUUGAUGGUACAGGAAGGCGACUGGGUGGAUUCACAGUACAUCCGCCACCGCCAUCUCUUCGACAAGCUACAGCAGCUGCUGCACAGAAGCGGGCAAGGAAUGGAGCCCUAUUGCCAUCCGGACCAACAAAGUUGGGUGGAAACAAUUACAUCAUGAGUGUGCUUAGUCCAGUACAAGCUGCUGCAAUGGCAGCUGAAAGGAGAAUGCAUGAUGAUUUGUGGUGUGGAUCCCAUAAUCAAUCUGGUAUUGAUGAUUCGGAUGACAUUGUUAUUCUUGAAGAACCACCUAACUUGACAGCAAGGGAUGGAAAAAAGGGUAGCUGUUCCAACAAUAUUUCAGAGUGCAGCACUUCGUCUGGAAUUCACACCGCAACACGAGAUGCUUCUUCAUCUUUUAGGACAACAAGUGAUGCAGGUGAUGAUUCAAAGUGGGAAUGUGGUGCUUGCACUCUUCUAAAUCAGCCUUUGGCGCCAAUAUGUGAAGUUUGUGGUACGGCAAAACCUAAAAUUGCAAAGGCAAAGUACGCAACUUGGUCUUGUAAAUUUUGUACUCUAGAGAACAGCACUAAGCUUGACAAAUGUUCGGCGUGCGAUCAAUGAAGACACUCAUAUGGGCCACCUGUAGCCACCUAUGAACAUUGAAAGCUACGAUUGUACAAGUACUGUGCCAGACUGCCAGGUCUUUAACAAUCUUGCAAUCUUCUCUAUGUGUACUGUUUCCUUUU